CCUUGUUCAGUUCUGUUUGGAUGUGAGCAGUUUCACCAGAGCCACGUUUAAGAGCCAAAUAAUUAGAAAAACAAACAUCCGGCGCGACCUUAAAAAGUGACGUCAGCCUCCAGCGCUCAUGCGGCUUUCAUUUACGUCAACACCACACGAGCUCCCAAACUGAGGCUUUAUGCAGUUUUCAUAUGGACUCUGAUGCUCAACCGCUGCACUCUAUGAUUCAAUCCAAAAUAUUCUUCAUAAAGCAGAGAAACGAAACUAAAGGAAAAGGCGUCCAUCAGUUCAGUGUCUUAGAGUGAGGCCCAGGCUCCAGCAGGCCUCGGUGAGCACCGGCAUGAUGGAGGGGGGUAUGCAGCUGCUGAACCGGGAUGGCCACAGCAUCUCGCACAACUCUAAGCGCCACUACCACGACUCCUUUGUGUCCAUGAACCGCAUGCGGCAGCGCGGCCUGCUCUGCGACAUUGUGCUCCAUGUGGCCAACAAGGAGAUCAAGGCACACAAGGUUGUGCUGGCCUCCUGCAGUCCAUACUUCCAUGCCAUGUUUACAAAUGAGAUGUCAGAGAGCCGUCAGACCCACGUGACCCUGCAUGACAUUGACCCUCAGGCUCUGGAGCAGCUGGUACAGUACGCCUACACUGCCGAAAUUGUAGUAGGAGAGGGAAAUGUGCAGACCCUGUUGCCAGCAGCUAGUCUCCUGCAGCUCAACGGAGUGAGAGAUGCCUGCUGCAAAUUCCUUCUCAGCCAGCUGGACCCCUCAAACUGCCUGGGCAUCCGUGGCUUUGCAGACACUCACUCCUGCAGCGACCUUCUCAAGUCAGCCCAUAAGUAUGUCCUGCAACACUUUGUAGAGGUAUCGAAGACUGAGGAGUUUAUGCUACUACCACUCAAACAGGUGCUGGAUCUGAUCUCUAGUGAUAACUUGAAUGUCCCAUCAGAGGAGGAGGUGUACAGGGCUGUGCUGAGCUGGGUUAAGCAUGACAUUGAUGGACAGAGACAGCAUGUGCCCCGGCUGAUGAAGUGUGUGCGUCUGCCCCUGCUGACACGAGACUUCCUGAUGAGUAAUGUGGAUACGGAGCUGCUGGUGCGUCACCACUCCGAGUGCAAAGACCUGCUGAUCGAGGCACUGAAGUAUCACUUGAUGCCCGAGCAGAGGGGUGUUCUCAGUAACAGCCGCACCCGACCGCGCCGCUGUGAGGGAGCCAGUCCGGUCCUCUUUGCUGUAGGUGGGGGCAGUCUUUUUGCCAUUCAUGGAGACUGUGAGGCCUAUGACACCAGGACAGACCGCUGGCACAUGGUUGCAUCCAUGUCAACGCGGCGGGCACGAGUCGGAGUGGCUGCUAUUGGAAACAAGCUCUAUGCUGUGGGAGGGUAUGAUGGCACCUCUGAUUUGGCUACUGUAGAGUCGUAUGACCCAGUAACCAAUGUGUGGCAACCUGAGGUGUCUAUGGGAACAAGGAGGAGCUGUUUAGGUGUGGCGGUCCUGCAUGGGCUGCUGUAUGCAGCAGGAGGAUACGAUGGGGCUUCUUGUCUCAACAGUGCGGAGAGGUAUGACCCUCUGACCAGUACCUGGACCUCCAUCGCUGCCAUGAGCACCAGAAGGAGAUACGUUAGAGUGGCCACAUUAGAUGGCAGUUUGUACGCAGUCGGUGGGUAUGACAGCUCCUCACACUUAGCCACGGUAGAGAAGUACGACCCUCAGAGUAAUGCCUGGACUGCCAUUGCCAACAUGCUGAGCAGGAGGAGCAGCGCAGGAGUGGCUGUAUUGGAGGGCAUGCUUUAUGUUGCGGGGGGCAAUGAUGGUACCAGCUGUCUAAAUUCAGUGGAACGAUAUAAUCCGAAAACCAACACCUGGGAGGGAGUGGCCCCCAUGAACAUCCGCAGGAGCACCCAUGACCUGGUCGCCAUGGAUGGCUGGCUAUAUGCGGUUGGAGGCAACGAUGGCAGCUCUAGUCUCAACUCCAUAGAAAAGUACAACCCUCGUAGCAACAAAUGGGUGGCGGCGUCGUGCAUGUUCACGCGCCGUAGCAGCGUGGGAGUUGCUGUCCUAGAGCUCCUCAACUUUCCUCCUCCGUCCUCUCCUACUCUUUCCGUCUCCUCCACAAGUCUUUGACAAAGGGUAAAGACCCGGCUUAGCUCCAGCGGCCUGCCCUGUGUGGCCAAGAGGCGCAACUGCUCAGUUUGAGCAUCAGACGAGAAGUGUUUCGUGGGCCACAGUGCCCUCCCUCUGCCUGGAGGAACACUGCAGCAUUUUGCAGAUAAUGUGGGUAAAAAGGAUGAAAAGAAAAAACACACACUCACACACACACUAGGCCUCCACAACUCUCAACCUAUAAACCCCAGUGCUUGAAAGUGCAAAAUAAUGUUGCUCUGCCAUUUUGCCGUCACUUUGUGUACAAUGUAUAUCUAAAUGUAUAUUUAAUUUAUGUUUACGAUUCUUUUUUGAAAUAUUAAAGAAUAAUAUAUUAAACCAAAAAAAAAGAAUGAACAACUUUAGGAAUGUAGCUCUUGACAGGUUCUGCCACG